UGUUACCUAAAUUAUCGAUACCUCUACAGAUAGAAAGUGCAUGCAUGCGCAGUACCACAAAUUGAAACCAGCUGUUGUUGACAUCCUAAUAAAACAAAUUUGUAAAAAUCCAAUAAAUACACAAAAUAUAUUAAACUAAGAAAAAUUUCAUACCGAAAUAUGAGAAUUUAACGACGUUUUAAAUAAUACGGAAUUUGUAAACAAAUUGUUGCAGCAAAAUGGAAAGAGAUGAAAAUGAUCAAGUAAUUCAAUUAAAAGUAGAUAUACAUAAAAAGUUUGCGAACUUACGAUCAGCACUUCUAAUGAGGGAAAAGUUGUUAUAUCGGCAAUUGGAAGUUGUGGCAUCAACAACACAGCACUUAACUGAAUGUGGCGCUGAAACCAAUAUCUUAUUUAAAUCCAGAACCAAUGAAGGAGAUGACAUAAAAAUAUUAUUUGAAGAGGAAGCUGAACUACUACGUUCAAUUCGAACCUUCGGUCGGUUUCAACUAGGGUCAAUGGUAUUAGCUCUUAAACAAGAGGAUUAUAUUACUCCUAACUGUGACCAUGAAACAAUGUACAAAAAUAUUCAAUCUGAUGAAAAUCAAUGUAACUUAUUACCUCAACAAAAACAAGUUUCUGAUUCUGUAUUGGUUGAUUUUUCUAAAGACAAAUCUUUGAUUAAACAUAAUGUGAAAUAUAUAAAUGAUUCCAUAGUAAAUAUAACACUAGAGGAGGCUAAGGAUCUAAUAAGAAGUACACAUGUUAGAAAUGAAAGAACAAUACCUCAAUUAAAUUUGGAAGAGUUGGAUGAUGAGGUGGAAUCUCCUAUUGUUGAAGCCGUAUCUAAUUUGAGCCGAGGUACUUACACUAACAACAGUGACACUGUUAGCAGCGUAACAAAUAUAACGGACACAUCUUCUGUUAAAAGGUCAAAAUUCGUUCGAACCAAACCAAAAGUUACCAUUAACAACUGCAACGGCAUUAUCAACCUUCGCAAUAUUUCCAGCGUUACAAUAAAUUGUAGUAAUGAAAAAUGUGAACAUCUUGAUGACGUGAAAGUAGAUAAAAACAUGGCAGAUAUAUCAGAAGUUUGUAUACCCAGUUCAUUUGAUUCGUCAUCAAAUCAAUCCAGUAAUUCAAGUUCUAGAUCACAAUCGAAAAAAGUAAAAAAAUACGAAAUUAAUACAGAGAAUCAUAUCGAAACAAAGAAAAAAUCUAGCCAACAUUUACCUAACAUAUCAGUGGUUCCAAUAAAUAGUCACUCAACAUUUGAAUAUAAUGAUUGCGGUAAUACUACACCAAAUGCUGGAGGUGCUGAAAUUACUUGUGACUUUUACAGUCGAUUGUUUAAUGAAAUCAAACGGAACAUCGAUCAAAAAGGACCCACGGUUAAUAUAGGGAUGCUCAGAAAAACACUACCAUCAAAUCCUCACAAAAGAGUAACGGAACAAAGUAAUCCAAAUCCAGUUCCAUUGGAAGAAACUAUACAAACGGAACCGCAAUUAGUUUUAAAGAAUUUUGAAAAUCUUAAUGUUUUUUUAAAAAAUGACAAACACAGUGAACCAAUUAGUUCAGUUCAUAUAGAGCAUUGGUUAUCGGAGAUUAUUAAAGAUACUGAUUUAGAGCCAAUGCAAAACAAUGACAUAUUAGAACAUAGCAAACUUAAAUAAUAAAAACGAUUAUUAUUCUUGUUUGUUUGGACCCCUAAUUAAUUAUACGUAAUGUUUAAGUUCAGUUAUAUGCA